AUGAUCGGCACUCUGUACUUCUUGGCUCUGCUGAGCUCCACGAUGGCCUGGGGGCGUGUAGGCCUGUGGAGCGGGGGGAGUGCGAGGAACGAGACAGGAGGUGGAAGCGGAGACAGGUGCACCUGUGAUGCCUUCCUGCCCAGUUCUACCUUUCCUGUUGGAGACCUGGUGGUGGUGGAGCAGACGGCCGUGGAGAUCUCACACAAAGUGGAGCUGGAGAUGGGCAAGCUGGAAGACUAUGAGACCAAGCUGACAGCGUACGCAGAAAAGAUAAUAAGGCUGACAGUAGAAAUAGAAAAAAUGGAGAAGAACCCCGACGCCUACAACGACGCCGACAUAGACGAGAUGAAGAUGGAGAUCAAACAGGUGGAGGCUCUGAUUAAAGAGCUGCAGCUCUCCAUCAGAGGCUCCACCGCUGUCUUCCAGUCCCUGCGUGUUCAGAUCACAGUCAUGGUGGAGACCCUGAACAGACUGGAGAAGACUUACGACAAGAACUUGGUCCUGGUGACGCGUCGGGAGUACGUCAAGGUGCAGCUGCAGCUAGAGGAUUGCGAGCGACGCCACCAGGAGCUUUUCAACCCCAACAUUGGUUCUUGUGCACACACAGGUAUCAUCAAGGUCGGCAAGCCCAUCGUAAGCCAACUGAACGCCCAUCUUAAUGCCGGCUACAAAUAUGGAGGCUGGGGGAAAGACUCAAAGCCUGUUCCCGACAGAGAAUCCAUGUACUGGUACUCCGGGUACACCAGUGGCUCCAUCGUUGACGUCAGGUUCUACACUAACUACAAGAACCUAAUUUUGAGAAAACAGUUCCAGCACCACAACUUACACAGCAGCUGGAUCGGCACGGGGAACGACUUCAUCAUCCGAGACAACACUCUGUAUUAUCAGAUCAACAGCCCGUUUGGGUUGGCAAAGUUGAAUUUCACCACUAUGAGAUAUGAGUCCAGGGUGAUUCCCAAGGCCAGCACCAGAUUCUCCUACACCAACUCCCCCAAUCAGAAGUUUGACUUUGCCGCUGAUGAAACUGGCCUGUGGGUGACCUACGCCACGGAGGAAUCCAGUGGUCGGAUGGUCAUCGCUAAAAUAGACGAGCCCUCUUUCGGUGUUGAGGAGGAAUGGCAGACUAGUGUGUAUAAACCAGGAGUGAGCAACGCCUUCAUGGUGUGCGGCGUCCUGUAUGCAAUCAGAACAACUGACAUCCAAACUGAAGAGAUAUUUUACAAGUUCGACACCAAGACUGGACAAGAGAGCUACGUCAGUGUUCCCUUUGAGAGGUUCCAGGAUAAGUUCUCCAACCUGGACUACAAUCCCACCGACCAGAAGCUCUACAUGUACAACGAUGGAUACUACGUUAACUACCAUCUGUGGUUUAACCACACUGCUAAAGCCACGGUGGAACCAGCGGUUCUCCUCUCCUAAAUCAUCAUCUGUGACUUACUGAAGUAUCACAUCCUAUGAAUGAAGCAAUGAUUACAUCUCUCAUUUCUUUUCUUAUAGUUCAUGUAGUGCAUCAAUUAUCCGUCUUCU